AAAAAAAAAAAAAUGAAGAGUUUUAUCCUUGUAGUGACCAAUGGAUUAGGUGGCUCUGUAUCUCUUCAAACCUGGCUGUUAUGAUUAGCAUGGAUUUGGCCUUUCUCUGCCUCUGUGGUGGAUAGUGGAGUGUUUCCCAUGUGGUAUUGGUGUGCUGGAUAUCCCUUCACUGGUAGCCUGGUAACAUACACUCCCAGGUCUUUCUCUGCCUCUGUGGUGGAUAGUGGAGUGUUUCCCAUGUGGUAUUGGUGUGCUGGAUAUCCCUUCACUGGUAGCCUGGUAACAUACACUCCCAGGUCUUUCUCUGCCUCUGUGGUGGAUAGUGGAGUGUUUCCCAUGUGGUAUUGGUGUGCUGGAUAUCCCUUCACUGGUAGCCUGGUCACAUACACUCCCAGGUCUUUCUCUGCCUCUGUGGUGGAUAGUGGAGUGUUUCCCAUGUGGUAUUGGUGUGCUGGAUAUCCCUUCACUGGUAGCCUGGUAACAUACACUCCCAGGUCUUUCUCUGUGGUGGAUAGUGGAGUGUUUCCCAUGUGGUAUUGGUGUGCUGGUUAUCCCUUCACUGGUAGCCUGGUAACAUACACUCCCAGGUCUUUCUCUGCCUCUGUGGUGGAUAGUGGAGUGUUUCCCAUGUGGUAUUGGUGUGCUGGAUAUCCCUUCACUGGUAGCCUGGUAACAUACACUCCCAGGUCUUUCUCUGCCUCUGUGGUGGAUAGUGGAGUGUUUCCCAUGUGGUAUUGGUGUGCUGGAUAUCCCUUCACUGGUAGCCUGGUAACAUACACUCCCAGGUCUUUCUCUGUGGUGGAUAGUGGAGUGUUUCCCAUGUGGUAUUGGUGUGCUGGAUAUCCCUUCACUGGUAGCCUGGUAACAUACACUCCCAGGUCUUUCUCUGUGGUGGAUAGUGGAGUGUUUCCCAUGUGGUAUUGGUGUGCUGGUUAUCCCUUCACUGGUAGCCUGGUAACAUACACUCCCAGGUCUUUCUCUGUGGUGGAUAGUGGAGUGUUUCCCAUGUGGUAUUGGUGUGCUGGAUAUCCCUUCACUGGUAGCCUGGUAACAUACACUCCCAGGUCUUUCUCUGCCUCUGUGGUGGAUAGUGGAGUGUUUCCCAUGUGGUAUUGGUGUGCUGGAUAUCCCUUCACUGGUAGCCUGGUAACAUACACUCCCAGGUCUUUCUCUGCUUCUGUGGUGGAUAGUGGAGUGUUUCCCAUGUGGUAUUGGUGUGCUGGAUAUCCCUUCACUGGUAGCCUGGUAACAUACACUCCCAGGUCUUUCUCUGUGGUGGAUAGUGGAGUGUUUCCCAUGUGGUAUUGGUGUGCUGGUUAUCCCUUCACUGGUAGCCUGGUAACAUACACUCCCAGGUCUUUCUCUGUGGUGGAUAGUGGAGUGUUUCCCAUGUGGUAUUGGUGUGCUGGAUAUCCCUUCACUGGUAGCCUGGUAACAUACACUCCCAGGUCUUUGUCUGCCCCUGUGGUGGAUAGUGGAGUGCUUUCCAUGGGGUAUUGGUGUGCUGGGUAUCCCCUCCCAAGGUGCAAGACAUUAGAUUUUCCUUCAUUGAAUUGUAGCAGACACUUUUUGAUCCAUUGCUGUAGCUUGGAAAUGUUGUCUUGUAGGAAAUCUGCAGUCAAGGGGUUGAGUAUAUAGUGUUGGGCUUUGUGCUGUAGUACAUUAUAUCUAUCUAUCUAUGUGAGAGAGAGAGAGAGAGAGAGAGAGAGAGAGAGAGAGAGAUUUGUGACUGACUCUCUCUCAUGUUAUAAUAAUAUCUGUCUCAUACUAUAACAAUAUAACUCUUUCCUUAGGUAACUUACUUAAUUAAUAAUGUCUUGUGCUUUACCUGUCUAUUUGAGCAUGUGUGUGUGUGUGUGUGU